GUUGUAUACGUGAUCUACGUAUAAACAGAGUAAAACCACCCUAUCAGGCCAAUUUACCUUCUCCUCAAGCGAGAGUUCUGUACUUGACUAUGGCUAGUGCUGACAAGCAUCGAUCAGAAACAUCAGCAACCACCACUUUUAUCCGAUUGGUGCGAUCUCAUCGCAUCGCUUAUGACUGCAACCCCCGUGCAACAAUUGAUGGUCCCUGUUCCUUAGGGCCCUGUAAACAUGCUGGGGUCUGUAAGGCUCGUAUUGGAGAAAACCUUGCAGGAGGAAGGAACAACAGUUCGAAUAGCUUCGAUACCAUUAAGGGUGGCAACAGCAGUGCAAAAAGCUCCGGGGUCGGUCAUUACUCAUGUGAUUGUCAGCUCGGAUUCCGCGGCGCUCUUUGUGAAGUGGUCACUGAUCCUUGUCUACUUAUGCCUUGUCACAAUGGGGGAAGAGUUUCGAGACAUCCACAACAGGCGUCUUCUCCAUCUUCUGGCACCAUCAUUGGCUUGCAACUUGAGCUUCCGACUUGGCCUCAUAUCCUCGACUCCGCCACUGUUAGUCAGAAUCGUAGCUCUUCCUUUACAGAAUUAGUCUGCCAGCAUGGCGCAGCAUGUGUGGAUACACAGAGUGGUCCACGCUGCUUCUGUCCUGCGGGUUGGCAUGGAGCUAGAUGCGAAUACGAUAUUAAUGAAUGCCAGGAAUCCCUCCAAUUCCGGCAUUCUUCAGGCAAGUCGGCACGCGUCUUUCCGUCCCCUUUUAAAGCUAACCAACUGGGUCAUAUUCAGUCUGCAGGCCUUUGUAGCCCUGGGGGUCCUGGACGAGGAGCAUGUAUGAAUACCCCUGGUUCUUACUUUUGUAACUGCUCUCUUGGAUAUGCUGGGCGUCACUGUGAAAUGCCGAAUCUAGCCUCGUUACGACCGGAUCCGAAUCCACUCGGAUUGACUCAAAUUCACGUCUAUAUCAUUGUUGGGCUCUUGGCUUUCCUUUUCAUUGUUGCUUUGGCGACAAUAAUUGUAUUGGCAUGCCGCGUGCGUGGCCUUGUUAGCGGUGGAGGCAGUAGCACUACUGGUGGUGGAAGCAAUUCGGCAGUACCUCAUUGGCUUUUUAACGGAGGCGCCAGCCUUCUAUUCACUGGACCAGCCGGCUCCGGUGGACACCAGAAUUUAGGUAGCAUAGCCGAUUCUGGCGCUAUUGGUGUAUUAGGUCAUGGGUCAUCUGGCUAUCCGAUAACCUGGCGCGACAAGCUCAGACGUGCUGUAAUUGCCAAAUCCUCAACGGCUGGCAGUAGUGUUUCUCUUGGCUCCGGGAAGUUUCCUGCCCCUUCCUUGCAACUGGCUGAUGGGAUUUUGGUACCAACACAAGGCAUAGAUCCUUCUAAUCUGCAUCUGGCAACAUCGCCUGCAAUCUACCACCCACUGUUGACUGCCGCAAACCCGAGUGGGACAAUCCCAGCCUAUCACCAACAGCAACAUGUGCUUCAGCAACAGCAGGGCAUCUCUUCAAGCAGUCUUGCGCAAAAUAGAUACACUAUAGGACCCACGUCGGGACACAAGCGGCCGUCACUCGCCUCCAGCCUUGCUUUUCCUGUGCUGGUUGAUGAGUCGGGUACUUUGAUGAUAGCAGCUACUCCUCUUUUGGCUGGAUCGCAGCAUCUUGGACCUGAAAGUUUGGAUGGCCGUGAGGAUUCGUCUACAGCAACAGCCACUUCUCGCCUGUUCACCUACCCCAGCGUUACACUAGGUCCCCAGGUAAGUAGUAUGAGACUGAAGAUAUGA